UCGAAGGAGUCGCCUGGUUGUAGCUUGUAAGCUGUCAGUCUUGUUGCUGGCAAACGAAUAAAUUAUUUAUCUUAGUCUUAGAACCGAAACAUUAGUAUUAAAAAUGGUGGACCGUGGCAAUAACUUCGUCCUCCCCGUGGGGCCGUGCUCCACGGAGCUCACCGAAUCGCAGACCAGCUUUGGUCCGCCCAAAAUCAAGAAAGUCCUGCCCACCAGGGCCAACCGAAUGGAGCAGUUCCUGUGGCAGGAGCUCUUCGCCGAGUACAAUCGCCAGGCAUCGGCUCCAGAGGAGGUGACCGAGGAUCGCACGGAGUACUACGACCAGUUCUGCAAGGAUGUGGCGCCAAAGAACGAGGAGGCCGAGGAGGUUCUGACCCAAAAGUAUCCGCUCUACUGCACCACGGCUGUUACCCUGUGGAAUGAGGACGGGGAUCCCACCAAGACAUUCAAGAAGAGCUAUUCGAUAACCCGGCCCAUUAAUGAGUGUACUGAGAAAUUUGCUCCUUAGAGAGCUUUUAUAUUUACCAAGUCUUGGAGAAAAUGGUGCAUCCCUCAUUCUCCUUCAUUAAACAUAAUUAAGUUGGCUAUACAAUA